AUGGCGCUCAUUGUCGAUAAGCACAGACCCAGGUCUCUCGAUGCGCUCACAUAUCAUGAUGAGCUUACCGAGCGCCUUCGCUCGCUUGCACAAAGCGGCGAUUUCCCCCAUCUCCUCGUGUACGGACCAUCCGGUGCUGGAAAGAAGACUAGAAUCGUGGCUACGUUGAAGGAGCUAUACGGGCCUGGCGUGGAAAAGAUCAAGAUUGACUCGCGUGUCUUCCAAACAAGCAGUAAUCGCAAGCUCGAGUUCAACAUUGUCGCAUCCGUCUACCACCAGGAGAUCACGCCAUCUGACGUCGGAAACUAUGAUCGAGUGGUGGUGCAGGAUCUUCUCAAGGAGGUGGCGCAGACACAGCAGGUCGAUCAGUCGGCCAAGCAGCGUUUCAAGGUUGUCGUAAUCAACGAAGCUGAUCACUUGAGUCGUGAUGCGCAAGCCGCGCUGCGUCGCACCAUGGAGAAGUACUCGCCCAAUUUGCGACUCAUUCUCCUCGCAAACUCUACCUCGAAUAUUAUAGCCCCGAUUCGAUCACGAACGCUGCUCGUUCGAGUGGCGGCGCCGUCACAUGAGCAGAUCUGCGACGUGCUGGCUUACGCGGCGAAAAAGGAGAAUUGGAGCCUGGUCAAGGGUCUGCACCAAAGAAUAGCAGUGGAGAGCGGCCGUAAUCUGCGCAAGGCCCUUUUGAUGUACGAGGCUGUGCAUGCGCAAAAUGAAAAGGUUACCGACAGCACGCCGAUACCGCCUGCAGACUGGGAUGCACUCAUUGGACACAUUGCCAAGGAGAUCAUGGAGGAGCACACGCCCGCUCGAAUUCUGCAGGUUCGGUCGAAGCUAUACGACCUCCUGACACAUUGCAUCCCUCCUACGACGAUCCUCAAGACGCUGACAUUCAAGCUGUUGAGCAUGAUUGACGAUGGUCUCAAGGGCGAGGUGGUUCGGUGGUCCGCAUUCUACGAACACCGCAUCAAGACGGGAACAAAGGUCAUUUUCCACCUGGAGGCGUUUGUGGCCAAGUUCAUGAGGGUUUUGGAAAUGUACUUGAUGAGCAUGGAUAUGUGA